AUGGAAUACCCGGAGCUGGAAGUGACUCACGAGGAUCCCAGAAAGACAAAACGCCACUCCUGCAAAUUCAAAGUGACAAAAGACAAAAAGCAAAGCCUCUGCAUUGAGAUGCUGUUGGGCUUCCACCUCAGGUGCCUGCAGAUCUGUGCUCGCAUCUUGGUGGGCAUGGGCCUUUCCACCUACACCCUGAAGACAGCUGUGAUGCACCUCCUGACCACCACACCCGUGUCAGGCUGGCGCAGGAGGGAUUGCCUGCUGCGGCUGGAGGACAUCAUGGGCUACCUGCAUGCCUGCCUGGAGCAGAAAUGGCUCGACCACUUCUUCUUUGGCAAUGAGAACGUGCCCGAGGAGAUCAUCUUGCCCCCGGACUUCCGCACGGCGGAGCCACUCAACCUCUUCAAGAACCUGGCGCAGGAUCUGGACGCCCACGCCCAGGCACUGGGUGAGUUUGUGGAGCUGCGAGAUAGGCUCAGAAGACUGCUUCUCUACGGCCGCUGA